UCACUUUAAGCUAUGAUUGUGUCCAUAUUUUGACCAUUGUUUGAGUUAAUAAUUUAAUAUAGUGCCUUAUUUAAAUUUACCCUUGUAAAUGUUUUUUUUUUCAGGUUCAAUAUCAAUGAGACUGCAAUAAGUCUAUAGAGCUUAGAUGAGCAUGAGGUGAUGUUAAUUUCAUACCAUAAAAAACCCCUUGUAUCAUAGCACACAAUGGAGGAUUCUAAGCGGCAAGGCACAAGAGUAUUCAAGAAGAGUUCACCCAAUGGUAAAAUAACGGUUUACCUGGGCAAGAGAGAUUUUGUCGACCAUGUGACUCAUGUUGACCCAAUAGAUGGCGUUGUACUUGUAGACAAAGAGUAUCUUAAAGACCGCAAGGUUUAUGGUCACGUCUUGGCAGCAUUUAGAUAUGGUCGAGAGGAUCUCGAUGUUUUGGGGUUGACCUUCCGCAAAGACUUGUACCUGGCAAGUGAACAAAUAUUUCCCUGCCCUGACAAUGGUUCUACAAAUAAGAAUCUCAGCAGACUACAGGAGAGGCUCAUGAAGAAGUUGGGGGAAAAUGCCUUCCCAUUCUUUUUUGAGCUGCCACCUCACUGCCCUGCGUCAGUGACGCUACAGCCUGCGCCCGGUGACAUGGGCAAGCCCUGCGGUGUAGACUACGAGCUCAAGGCUUAUGUUGCUGACUCUCCAGACGACAAGCCACACAAGAGAAGCUCGGUGCGGCUGGCCAUCAGGAAGGUGAUGUAUGCGCCUGCCAAGCAAGGCAAGCAGCCCAAUGUUGAGGUCAGCAAAGAGUUCAUGAUGUCACCAAACAAGCUGCACCUUGAGGCUUCCCUUGAUAAGGAGCUCUACUACCACGGCGAGACAGUUGCUGUCAAUGUGCACAUUCAGAACAACUCUAAUAAAAGUGUUAAAAGAAUCAAAGUUUCAAUCCGGCAGUUGGCUGACAUCUGUCUGUUCUCAACAGCGCAGUACAAGUGUACUGUUGCUGAGGUCGACACUGAAGAAGGAUGUCCUGUGGGACCAGGUUUUACACUUUCUAAAGUGGUGCACCUCACACCACUGCUGGCUUACAACAAGGAUAAACGAGGCCUUGCGCUUGAUGGACAACUUAAACAUGAAGACACAAACCUGGCGUCAUCUUCUCUAAUUACAGACCCAUCACAGAAGGAGAACCUGGGCAUUGUUGUGCAGUACAAAGUGAAGGUGAAGCUCACACUUGGAGCUCUGGCAGGGGACCUUGUUGCGGAGCUGCCGUUCACGCUUAUGCACCCGAAGCCCGAGGAGGACGCGGACACCGUGCGGGGCGGCGCCUGUGGUGGCGACAUCGCUGGGUCCACGCAGCCUUCAACUGCAGCCGACCUCGAUCAUCAGGACCCUGCUGUUGAUACCAACCUUAUACAGCUGGACGCGGAUGGGACUGAACCUGCAGCAGCUGAGAGUGACGACAUUAUCUUUGAAGAUUUUGCUCGGCUGCGUUUGAAAGGAGAAACAGAGGCGUGAAGAACGCUGUCUUCAUGCUCGAGCAGACGAGCCUGUCUCUUUGCUUACCGCUGAGUGCGGCGAUUACUUAGGAUUUGUCUGGGUUCCAGAGUCAAUUACCUAAGAUUUGAAUAGGCAUCUGGAGUCAGUGCUUAGGAUUUGCCUAGAUGCCUGAGGCGGUUGCCUAGGUGCCUGAGGCAGUUGCC